AUGGACUUGAAGAAUAUUGCUUGUAAAAUUUCCAAAGAUCACACGUCCAAUGAAACAAACACUCUUAUUGGUUGCUGCUGCAUUAGGGAUGAUUUUGAGAGUAAGCAUGAGAAAAAAUUGAAGGAAUUCAAGAAUAUGCUGAAAGAAGAUGGAGAAAAUGCUGCAGUUCAAGGUCUGGCAAUGGUUGAUGCUAUCCAACGUCUUGGUAUUGAAUAUUAUUUUCAGGAGGAGAUCAAUGCUAUUUUGCAAAACCAUUACACGAUAAUUAACACUCAUGAUUAUGACAUUAAUCUCCCCGAAACUGCCCUUUGCUUUCGACUCUUAAGACAAGAGGGUUACUAUGUGCCUGCAGAAGUGUUCGACAGCUUUAAGGACGACGAAGGGAAUUUUAAGCAAGAACUAAGUAGUGACAUCAAGGGAUUAAUGGAGUUAUAUGAAGCUUCACAGCUUAGUAUAGAAGGAGUAGAUAUACUUGAUGAAGCUGGAGAGUACAGUCACCAGCUUCUGAAUUCGUACGUUACAUGUCUUGGUUAUACUCAGGAGAGGGCGUUAGUAGAGCAUACAUUGAAGCAUCCUCACCACAAAAGUCUCCCAAAGUUAUUGGCCAAAGACUUCAUUAGUAGAAAUUUUCGAGGGGCAAAUGGGUGGAUGAAUGAAUUGCAAGAACUUGCAAAGUUUGAUUUUGAGAUGACCCAGUCUCAACACCAGCAAGAAAUUCUUCAAAUUUCAGAGUGGUGGAAAGGGCUUGGUCUGAACAAAGAGUUGAAGUUUGCAAGAGAUCAACCUGUUAAAUGGCACAUAUGGUCAAUGACAGCCCUCACAGAUCCAAAAUUUUCAGAGCAAAGAGUAGACCUUGUAAAACCCAUCUCUUUUGUUUACAUGAUCGACGAUAUUUUUGAUGUUUAUGGGACUCUUGACGAUCUCACUCUCUUCACAGAAGUUGUUCACAGAUGGGACAUUGCUGCCGCUGCACAGCUACCUGACUACAUGAGAAUAUGUUUAAAUGCUCUUAAUAACGUUAUUAAUGAAAUUAGCUUCAAGGUCUAUAAAUGUCAUGGCUGGAACCCUCUGCUCUCUCUACGAAAAGCGUGGACAAGCUUGUGCAAUGCAUUCCUAGUAGAAGCGAAAUGGUUUGCUUCUGGAGAUGUGCCCAAUGCUGACGAGUACUUAAAGAAUGGGAUUUUGAGUUCAGGGGUACAUGCUGUUCUAGUUCACCUUUCCUUUCUGUUGGGUCAAGAUAUAACCAAAGAAAAUGUGGAAUUGCUUGAUUCCAAUCCAGGCAUAAUAUAUUCUACUGCAAAAAUUCUUAGGCUUUGGGAUGACUUGGGAAGUGCCAAGGAUGAGAAUCAGGAUGGCCAUGAUGGAUCAUACCUGGAAUGUUACUCGAAGGAACACCAAGAAUGUUCAGUGGAAAGUGCAAGAAAGCAUGUCAUCCAGAUGAUUUUAGACACAUGGAAACAACUCAACAAGGAAUGUCUCUUUCAAAAUCCAUUUUCACAGACAUUCACCAAGGCUUGUCUCAAUGUAGCAAGAAUGGUUCCUUGGAUGUAUAGUUAUGAUGAAAACCGUUUCCCGAUUCUUGAGGAGCAUAUCGGCUACCUUCUUCACGAUAGUGUCUCCAUGUAAGGGUGCAUGAAGACAUUAUAUAUUACAUUUCUGCUUACAAGCAUUUAAAAGUGAACAGAUAUACA